UGUUUUUUUUUCAGCCUCCUCCCGCCUCUCGCCAACUCAGCCAGUCCUCCGUCUUCGAGAAGGACAUCCUCUCUCAGCACCCGAACUACCAGCACCAACAGCAACAGCACCAACAGCAACAGCAGCAGCAGCAAUUCCCCUCCAAAGAGGAGCAGCACCACCUGCAGCGCUCCCUCUCCACCAACAACAAUGUCAAGGUGCCGCCCCUCUCCGCCCCUGCCGCCCCCGUGCAGACCCCGCCCUCGUCGCCGCACCCGCCCGCCCAGUCCAAGCGUCUGCUGCAGGAGAUCCUGGCGCGGCCUGGCCCCCGGCCCAUGAUCGCGGUGCCGCCCAAGGGCGGGUACUGGGUGGACGGCACCGACCACGAGGACCUGAAGGACCAUCGCGGGCGGCCAGUGGUGCCGCCGCCCACGUGGCGCGCCAAGAUCGAGACGGACGACACGGCCAAGUGCUACAGGCGGUUCUUCGUGGGCAGGGAGCACUCGACCCUGAUCGGCGCAGAUGAACACCUCGGCCCCGUCCUGCUUUCGAUCAAGACCGAAAUGGUGGCCAGCCAGGAGCACGCGCGCAUCCUACUGCGCCUGCGCGCCGGCACCAUGCACGAGAUCGUGCCGGCGUCGUGUCUGGGCGCGGCGCCGACGCCUGCCCGCAUGGCUCGGCUGCUCAACGACCAGCUCAACGUCGACAAUUUCACGCCGGUGCUCCAUCCCAAGAACGGCCAUACCGGCGACACGGCCGUCUACGAGGUGUUCAAAGAGCGCGAGAUCAUGUUCCACGUGUCUACGUUGCUGCCCUACACGGAACACGAUCCGCAGCAGCUGCAGCGCAAAAGGCAUAUCGGCAACGACAUCGUUGCCAUAGUGUUCCAGGAGUCAGAUGCCACUUUCACUCCGGAUAUGAUUGCCUCGCACUUUCUGCACACGUUUAUUGUGGUGCAGGCUAUUGAUCCCAACACGCCGGACGCCAGACUGGAACUGCGCACGCGCACCUCGCUGCUACAGAGCCUCGCCGACGAGCUGCGCCUCAAGACGGCGGAGUUUCUGGGCGGGGCCGCGCAGCCCGCGCCCGGCACGCCCAAAGGGGACGCGGGGGCGGGGUCUCGCUUCAUCGAUACAGUGCGGAAGGCGUGGAGCGCCAGGGUGAGAACCAGUCAGAGCGCGGACAACGGGCUGGGCGGCACCGGGCACGAGAGGGCGGCGAAGAAGGGCGGGCAGGCGGCCGUGUCGGAGUCUACGCCGUCGAGCGGCCGCUCGACCUCGAAGACCUCCACCUCGUCCACCUCCAAGCAGAGCUCCACCGCGUCCCCACCACAUGUCACGCCCACCUCCAGCGCCGCAUCCUCGCCCGACCUCACCGCGCACGCCCCUCGCCCCUCCCACCGCGUCUCCGACGACCACGCCCCCCGCCUAUCCGGCCCCGCCCACUCGGACGCCGCCUCCGACGAUUCGUCGCUGACAAGCGAGGACCUCGAAGAGCACCUGGGCGGAGCAUAUGCGGACAGCGACACGGGGUUGGAGAGCAUGAGCAGCGCGGAGACGGCUGCUAAAGGGUGCAGCGCGUGCGCGGAGAGGGCGGGGAGUGCACCGGGGGCGGGGCCUGGUGGAGUGGGGCGGUGUCCGGCGGCGGACAGGCUGGGACAGGAGAAUUGCCAGCGAGACAUCAAAAGAUUGCGGGAGAAAGAAUUGGGGCUGCAAGGCGAUCUGGCAGUGGCUACAAAGGAAAUUUUGAGGUUGCGAGAAUUGUUGAAAGAUUACUCUCCCAACGGAGACAGAUCUCCGAUGUAAACGAGUUUUUACAUCAACUAGAUGAAAGCUUUAUGUUUCUGUAGUUUUUACUCUUUUAGGCUCUCCAGUUUCGUUUUCUUUCUUUCAAGAAUGUUUUUCAGUUUCAUGUUGGGUCUUAUCAGUUAUCUAACCAUUCGGAAAACAGUGGCGUAAUUAAGAUUCAUCCCUGAGGGGGUCUAUAGGUCCAAUAUCCAAUAUUUGGGAACAAGAAGAGCAAUAUGGAACACACCUUGAAUUUGAUAAAUGUGUGUAUCAUUUGGUAACAAUAACACAAUAAAGAACUAAGUAUUGAAAACUGAAUCAAAUAAUAUCACAUAUCAACAGGUACAAACAUUGAAAUAGG